AUGUCUCACAAACCUAGAAGGUUUAUUCGUCGCUCUGGUGCUUUGGAAGAAUCACAGUUAUCAUCAUCAUUGGAAUCUUAUUCAACGGAAACAUCAACCUCUUCUUCUAGUAGUAUUAAUAUUGAUAAAGAAUCAAGUCAAGUUAAUGAUCAUCAAAUCAACCCACCUCCACCAAUAGAUGAGCCAACAUCACCAACAAAUCAUCAUGAUAAUGAUAGUGGUGGUAGUGUUCAAGUGGUAACAUCUCCGAAAAAGAAGAGAAGAUUUUUUAAGAAUGUUCAAUCACAAGAUUCCCCAAGCUUGAUGAAUACUUCAUUUACCAGUGAUUCUGUGGAGAAUGCAACCCAACUCAUGAUGGAUGUAACUAGUGAUAAUGUCGAUUCACCGAAUAUAAAGGAUCCAAUGCAUGAAGCUCCACCAAUACCUGCUAUUUGUGAAACUGCAGUUGAGGAAGAAAAAAAGGAAGAACAGAAGGAAUUAAUAGAAGAACAGGAGGAGAAACCAAUUGAUCCAAUUAUAAACGAGGAAGUGGUAAGGACUGAAGAAAUCAAUGAAGAAAACACAGGGGAAACUGAAAUCAAUGAAGAAGAGGUAAAGAAGCCUGCAAAGAGAAGUAGAAAACCAAGAAAAAAAGGAGUGACCGUCCUACAUAUUGAUUCUACAAACUGUGUUAUGAUAGGAGGAAGAAAAUUCCCUGUAAAAAAAUUAAGCAAACGUCUGAUUAUAAAUUUAACUGAUAUCAUACCAGAACUUGAGGAUAUGGAUGAUUUACCAGUGGAAAUAACAAACCUUAUGGAAGAUUUUCCAGAAUUUUUCAAUGAAGACAGGAACAAAAUCAAACAAACCUGUUUCUUAACUUGUUCUAUCAAUGCAUUGAAUACCAAGAAAGAAGAAUUUAUUAUUGAUAUAUUGUUCACUCAAACAAUACGAGAAUAUGGUUUUGUUACAUUCUACUGCCAUUUUUGCAGAACAAAACAGGGUUGUAGAAUGAUAUGUGACAUUUCAAAGAUUAGUAACAAGAGAGAAUUCUAUGAAAAACACAAUAUUAGCAAACCAGAUCCAAACUUCCAAUUUACUCAAAGAUUGCCAUGUAUGGUUACUACAUGCAAGGAUUGCUUUGAAAAAAAAGAGUUAGGAGAUUUUGAUCAUUACCUUUACAAUGGAGGUUGGGUUUGUACUCACUGUAGAUAUUCAUGUGAUUCUCCACUAUGCACUAAAAAAAGUGGAAUUUCUCUAUCUGAAUGCAAAUAUGAUGGUAAAAAUGCAUUGGAACAGUUUAUAAUGAUGGCUUCAGACAAAGCAGAUAUAAAGAAGCAACUCUCUAAGGUUAAGGCGAAGAAAGAGGAAGUCAUCACAACAAAACAAGAACCAGCCAGAAAACGUGGAAGACCCUCUGUAAAAAAAGAAACAAAGGUAGAAAGCUCUGAAAGUGAAGAGGAAGUAGAACUUUCUUCCGAAAGUUCUGGAAGCGAAGAGGAAGUAAAGAUUACUAAGAGAGUAACCAGAUCCUCCAAAUCAACACCUUCAUCAUCUAAAUCUCAAUCAUCCUCAUCUUCCACUAAACCCUCUUCCAACAAGAAGGUAAAACAAGAAAACAAAACCUCGAUUUCACACAAAACUCCAGAAAAAGAAGCAAAGCAAGAUAAUCUCUCUAGCAAAGAAGAAGAAGAAAUUAUUGCCUCACCACCUAAACAACCCUCAAUAAGUCCUAUUGUGAAGAGAGAAAUGGCAGACAGUAAUGCCAAAGAAUUGGCAAAAUAUUUUAUUGGUGCUGCAUGUGUAGCAAGAACAACUUCAAACGUCAACAGCUCUAUUUGAACCCAAGAAAAAAACUGUUGGACAAUUUUCGUUCACAUGUUACAAAAAUCGUUUAGUUCACCCCAAACAAUGAAGGCUCUUCUCUUGCCUAUUAUCAGUAGAAUAUCCGGAUUUUAUUUGGAGGCAACAAUGAUGUGAACGUUUUGUGUUGAUGGAAGAGAAGUCUAAAGAGAAAAAAACAAAGCUAAAACCAUCACAACAAGACCAUUCGUCAAACGUGGAAUUUGAGAGACAAGCCUUUCCAUUCCUCUUCUUGAAAUAAUAAUUCUUAUUCUAUUCAAUAUUAUUAAUAACCUCUCAUCACUAACUUUUUAACUUUUUCAAAAUGACAUUUAGCAUACAAGGCUCUGAAAUACUUUUCAUAGUAUUGUGGUGUCUACAAUUUCUGUUGUGUAUUGCUUGUGCUAUUGUGAUUGUUGUAUUCAGAAACAAUCAGUCUAUGCGUGCAAGAGCUCCUGUUCUAUCAUCCUUGUCAUCAAUAGGUGCUUCCAUAUAUUUAGGUGCCUACACUCUAUCAUAUAGCAUUCCGGAAACACCAUGUAGUUUAAUUGUUCUUGUUGCUAACAUAAGUUUUUAUGUUCUGUGGGCUCCAUUGCUGUUGAGAGCUUGGAGAAUUUACUUUAUCUACCACUGGAAUUCAAAGAUGAUUGCAGAACAAAAGAAACAAGAAGAAAUUUCAAAGGAAAGGAGAAAUGCAAGAAACUUGAAUAGAAAAUUGCAAAACAAGGCAAAACAACAAGGUGAAGCCAUUGAAGAUGGUCUCGGAGAAAGUACUGCUCCACCAUCACAACCACAAAAACCAUCAACGAGCACAAGAGGUUGGCGUCAUAAUAAUCAAGAUGAUUUACAAACUGAUCAAAUUUCAGUUCUUGAUGUUGAAGAUGUGCCAACAUUGAUUGAUGCCACAGAAGUCUCUGAAAUGAUUAGAAAACAAAAGGCAACCAACACUAGCAAUGUCAAUAAGAGAAGAGCUGAAGAAAGCAAUCUUGUCAAAUUCUUUGUCAUUAUGCUAAUUGUUGUCGUUGUAUUGAUGCUUCCAGUUUCUUUGGCUUAUCCAGGAUUAUGUCCUCAUGACUUUUUGUGUCAAAUCAAUGAAAGAGAAACCAACAAUCCAAUCAUGACCUACAUUCUCUACCCUAGACUUGUUGUUCCUUUAAUGUUUAUUGUUGAUAUCAUGUUAUUGAUUGAAGUUAUCAUGUUGAGAGAAGUUAACGAUUCCUAUUCAUUGAAUACUGAAAUCAGAGUUGCUACUGUCAUUUCAAUUAUUGGUACUAUUUUCCUUGCAGUUCUUUCAUUUACAAAUCUCUCAUUUGCAUUUGUUGUUAUGGCCCAAAUUUGGGUUCAAGCAAUUCAUACCACUUGUUUAUACUAUCCAGUUCUCCUACUUGCUUAUAAUGCUCUCAGAAAGAAAACAGGUAUGAGUAUGACUGAACUAGGAAAGAUGGAAAUUCCAAAUAGUAUUGAAAAGAUGCUUGAAAAUGAUGUAACCAGAGAAUUAUUUAAGAAGUACUUGUUGAAAGCCCUUUGCAGUGAAACUAUUCUUUUCUAUGAGGAUGUUAUGAAUUAUAAGAGAGCUACACCUGAUGAAAGAUCUCACAUGGCUCCAAAUAUUAUUGAAAAUUAUAUCAAGGAUGAUGCUCUUAAUGAAAUUAACAUUGCUGGUAAGGUAAAGAAGAGAAUUAUUCACAGAUACAAUCAAAUUACUUAUGAUGAUGAAGUCCCAAUUGAUUUGUUUGAUAUUGCCAUUGAAAAACUCAAACUUGUUCUUAACGAAAAUGGUACCUACCAAAACUUCUUGGAAAGUUCAGAGUUUAAACAAUACGUCAAGAAGAUUAAGAAUAAUAAGAAAAUUAAGGAGUUAGAAGUUGCCGGUGGUAUUUAAAGUAAGAGCACUUGCCUAGAACUCUCAUUGUUGUAACAUAUUGAAAGAACUCUCGGUCUAAUAAAGUUCUUUUGGAAAUUAUUCCUCUUAACCAAUUGU